CCGUCUGGUGCUACUUAGCAUGAGACGGAGAUGGGAAAGGUGUACAACUCCUUUGUCGGUACUGCCCUACGCACUAAGCUCCACCGUUCAUGAUUACUUAGAUCCACCGCACACUUUCUAUAAAAAUUGAAACAAUUCCCCGGUAAGGAUAAAACUAGCUUCUCAGACUGCUCAAAUCACCUCGCGGGAGGUGUGGUUCCCCGGGUAUGAUUGACCUCCUUAUCAUUGAUGGUAGUAUCCUGUAUAUAAUCACUCAGCAACUCCGGGAUAAUCCUGCAAUUCGAGUAUUAGAUAGCUGUGCAAUCUAUCCCGCCACCUUCAACCCCCGUCACUAACGCACCAUGUCUCAGUUAUUUGAAUGGGCGUUUGGUAAGCGGUUAACCCCGCAGGAACAACUCCGCAAGAACCAGCGGUCGUUGGAUAAGGCGCAACGCGAACUCCAGCGCGAAAUUACAAAGCUCCAGCAGCAGGGCAAGGGUUUGCAAACGGCGAUCAAGAAAUCCGUCAAGCUGGGCGAGCCGGGCACGGCAAAAAUCCAGGCCAAGGACCUCAUCCGUACCAAUCGUCAGGUGACCAAGUUCAUGCAGUUGAAGACGCAGUUGCAGACUAUUUCGUUGCGGAUCCAGGCCACCAGAUCCACCACCGCCAUGUCGCUGUCCUUAACGGAGGCUACGCGGCUUCUAAACGGAAUUAACCGAACCACCAACUUUCCCCAGCUCUCCAAGAUCAUCCAGGAGUUUCAGAAGGAGAAUGAAAUGAUGGACUAUAAGAACGAGAUGAUGGACGACAUCAUGGAUGACGCCAUUGGUGAUGAAAUGGAAGAUGAGGACGAAGAGGCGGACGAGUUGGUGAAUAAAAUUAUCGAUGAGUUGGACGUUGACAUGAAUACCAAAUUGAAUGCGACUCCGAACGACAUUAAGGUAGCAGUUGCUGAAGAGGCGGGGCCCCAGAUGCAAGCUGUAGGGGGAGAUCCUGCGGAUGACGAUCUACAGGCGCGGUUGGAUAGUCUCAAGAGGGGAUGAGCCCUGGGGGGGCAGGAAUUCUUAUCAUAUCUGGAAGUUAGUAAGCUGGAUGUUUAUCUUUACAAGGAAUCUCUCUGUUUACGUUAUUUUAAUGGCUCCACGAUGUAGAAAAGACGGGAGGACAAAUCAGAGAUAUAUUAUGGCUGCUGGGGCAUUUAACCGGUCCAACUUGGGGGCCUGGUUAUAUAACGUAGGUCAUUUUUAGUUGCCUUAUAGAUGAACAAGUGG